CUCCCCUCUCUCUCUCUCUCAAACUUACCUUCCCUCGUUUCCUCCCCUACUCCCCCGCCAUCCAUCUCGCUCCACAUCAUUCUUCUCUCCUCUCAUAUUAUUACCGUACCAUUUUUUCCUCCCCCACUAUUAUUAUUACUACCGUUAUUGCUAUUUCGUUCUGCCCACUUUCUUACCCUCAGAAUCGAUUUUCGCCGCUUGGCUUUGUGUUCGAUACCGUUGCACCGUACCGAGUAGUCAGCAGAACGGACUCCGCCCCGCCACCCGCUUAAAACUAGCUUUCAGUCUUACUUGCUUGCACAACACAUCACGGCACCCAACCUACCCUACCCUUUCCCUUUCCCACAGUAUUCCCUGCCCACCCUUUCCCCAUCCCUCCUCCUUCCACUCUUCCCUCCCGUUCCUUCCUUCCUUCCUCCUUCCUCCAUCCUGAGCACAAGCACACAUUACAUUACAUACACGAGCGACAUCAUACACCGUACUCAGGCACACCAUUUGGAACUGGAGUACUUAUCCAUCCAUCCAUACAUCUAUUCCUCACAUCCGCCGUUAACUCUUUCAACCGCGACCCGAAGUUUCCGAUCAUCCAUUCACCACACCUACCUCUCCACGCCAACCCAUACCACAACCAACCGAAUAACCACACUACACCCUUAUUUUCCCAGAACCUUUUACCAACCAAAUUUUGUCUCCUGUUAACCGCCAACCCCACAACCAAUACAAUGGGCCUCCGACUCCGCCAGAAGAGCCCUUCCCCAUCCCGAUCACCACGACAACAGGAACAGCAGCAGCAUCGACAGCAGCACCCGUCUCCUCCACCCACACCACAACCCCGAAAAUCACUGAGGAAGGCACGGAAAAAUACUCACCGGUCAAGAUCACGGUCGCCGUCUGGGCUUAAUACAGCCAUUGUGCUGCCUAGUAACAUAAUUCCUUAUGGUGUAUUGUUUCAGGACGAUGAGCCCGAAGACGAGGGCUACUCGAGUCCCCCUUCAACGCCCACUGAUCCUCCUCCAUACAUGAAUGUAGAUGGAUGGCGGAUGGUACCUGAAAGGGGCUUAGCAAUGGAGCUCAUGUUUGGUAACAUGGAUGCGGAUUUGAUCGACGAAAUAACUGGUGCAUCCUCAAGCGACGAAAUGGACAUUGACGAGCCCCCAACACCGUCAAGUACACGCAUACCACACACACAUCUGGAUUCGAGUCCAAGCUCAGGGCCAUCGUCGAGCAGUAUGGACUCUCGCGAUCGAAGGUAUUCCGGAAACGGCUUUGGUGGAAGAGUGGUGGAUGAGAAUUAUGAUUAGUUCUUGAGCCGAAACAUUACUCUAUUCUAGCGUGGAUCUAGUUUAUUACCCUACUUUUGGCUUUACUCUUCGGUCGGUCUCGAUACCAUCAUACCUGCGGACAAAGAUUGCGCGGUACAUCACUUUAGGGCGAUAGCGGUUCUCGUAUGCGAUGGGGCGGUUCUUUUCGCUUUUUCUUCAAACCAUUUUUUACCACCACUUUAUUUGCUUUUGCCGGCUACCUAGGUGGGGGGGGGAACAUCUCGGUAAAGGUGGAGCUCCCCUUAAACAUUUUUGUUCUUCUCUUCCCAAAAAGAUUUGCAAACCUUUAGGGGAUUCUGUUAAUUGAGAACGAGAGAGAAAUCAAUGAGGAAAAAGAGUGAAUCAAACAGAAAAGGCCGAAGGAAAAAACGGGUUUCACAAAAACAUCAGCUUUACCUUGUUCGAUCCGUAAGGUAACCCUUUUUUCCUCCCUCCUUUUCUGCACCCUCCUCUUUGAUACAAAAAUCAUAGCAAAGCAAUUCUUGUACUUUUUUAUUAUUAUUAUUUUUUAUUCUCUUCAGAGUAUAUAGUUUACCUGCCUUUUUUACUUUUUCCUACGUUUGUUCUGCUUUUCUUGCUUCUCCCCUUGUUCUGCAUAUGUACCAUCGCACCCUCAGUUCACUUCUGUUCAUCAUGUUCGGUUCCAGGUCGGGUCGGUCGGGUUAGGUCAUAGCGAAUCUUGUCAUUAUCCAUUCCACCUUCUUCCCCUCUUGCUUCUAUUUUGCAUUUCCUUUUCUUCUCUCUGUCGACCUGUUUUGCUCUCAAAAAAAGCUUUCUCAUCCUCACUGGGAGUACUUGGGUUGGUGAGGCGUUCUUGUCUUCUUUUCCUCCUUCUUCGCCACUUCUCUUGCGCCUACCUACCUACUUAGUUGGCUACUUCUUGUUCUAUAAACGCUUCUUCCUUCUUUCAUACUUGGGUGUUUGUUUUUCCUCUUUUGUUCUUGGAACAAGCGUUGAAACGAAUCUCCGUCAUACCUCUCUGGCCGUCCUCAUUCUGGGCUCGGUCGGGGGGGGAGAGGAAAUUAAUAGAUGUAUGUGUGUACGUACUUUAUCAG